GAGGGUUAGAAAGGGCCACGAAGAGAUGAAAAGUGUUAUAAGCGAUUAUAUACGUGAUUUUGAUAAAGUAAUUAACAAAAUUGGAAUUAAAGAAAUCGUCGCUGGUGGUAAUCUACAAAUUGAAAUUUCCACAACAUUUCAAGAAGUUCGAGAUCUUGAAAAUAUGCUUGAUAAAGUUCUAAACUUAGCGUUUUACAAUGAUAAAGCGUUCCAAAAUGAAUUUAAUGAGGAAACUGCUAAAGAUAAUAUGCGUUUAGAAAAUAUGAAAAAAAAGAAAGUGUAUUUUAGUAUAGUUUAA